GCGGGUUUAUUAUGUGUUCUCUUGCGAUCAGUGGAGGAGAUAAUAUCCAAGGACGCCACUAUGAUGUGGAAUGCAGCAGUUUUUUUUCACUGUAUUCAACAUUUAGCCGGGCACUCUCUUAGUGUUGAUGAUUUGUAUAGAUGGCUUCAUGUUAUCAAAAAGUCUCUUCCAACAGUGUGGUCAAAUCCAUUGAUAGAUGCCUUGGAGAAGGCAAUGAAUGGAAAGGAAUCAAGAGGACCUGCGUGUAGCUUUGAGUUUGUUGGUGAAAGCUCAGGUUUACUUGGUCCAGGAGAAAGUCGCUGGCCUUUUACCAAUGGCUAUGCAUUUGCGACUUGGAUUUAUAUUGAAUCAUUUGCUGACACAUUAGAUGCUUCAACCGCGGCAGCUGCAAUUGCUGCUGCUUCAGCGGCAAAAUCAGGAAAAAUAUCUAAUGCAGCGCCUGCGAAUGUACACACUGGUGAGGGUACUGCUCAUAUGCCUCGUCUGUUCAGCUUUUUGACCCCUGAUAAUCAGGGAAUUGAAGCUUAUUUCUAUGCACAAUUUUUGGUGGUUGAGAGUGGCAGUGGGAAAGGAAGUAAAACUUCACUUCAUUUCACUCAUGCAUUUAAGCCUCAGUGUUGGUACUUUAUUGGCCUUGAGCAUACCUGCAAUCAGGGACUUUUAGGGAAUUCAGAUAGUGAAUUACGGCUAUAUAUUGACGGGUCGUUGUAUGAAACUCGACCAUUUGACUAUCCUCGGAUAUCCAAACCGCUUUCUUUCUGUUGCAUUGGGUCAAAUCCUCCUUCUACAACUGCUGGUCUACAACGUCGUCGACGUCAGUGUGCUUUGUUUGCUGAGAUGGGACCAGUUUAUAUAUUUAAAGAACCGAUUGGUCCUGAAAGAAUGACACGAUUGGCAACUAGAGGUGGGGAUGUUUUGCCUUGUUUUGGCAAUGGGGCAGGUCUUCCAUGGUUAGCUACAAAUGACCAUGUCCGUAAUGUGGCAGAGGAAAGUAGUCUUUCGGAUGCAGAGCUUGGAGGAUACAUUCACCUACUUUACCACCCAUGUCUACUAAGUGGGCGGUUCUGUCCAGAUGCUUCUCUUUCUGGAGCAGCAGGAGAUGAGAAAACACCAUAUUCUUUUUCUGCUGUAGUUUUCGCACUUUGUUAUUUGGUUUUCCCUUACUUUGGAAGACCCAUGUCUUUGCUUCCUCUAACCGUAAGCAGUGUGCACAAAGAUAAUCUAGAGCCAUGUUCUAGAAAUGUUCCAUCUUCUUUGACAACAUAUUCUCUGGCUGCACCUAUUUUUAGAAUGAUCUCAUUUGCUAUUAAACAUCCUGGGAACAAUGAAGAGUUAUCUCGUACUAGGGGGCCUGAAAUUCUGGCCACAGUUCUCGGUUACCUUCUUCAUUCACUUGCAUCCUUUGAUAUCAAGCACGAUAGAGUAGGAGAUGAGGAGCUAGUUGCUGCUAUUGUUUCUCUUUGCCAAUCUCAAAAGAUCAAUCAUGCUCUUAAAGUGCAGCUCUUCUGUACACUAUUGUUGGAUCUGAAGAUAUGGAGUGUGUGCAGUUACAGACUCCAAAAGAAGCUGUUGUCAUCUCUUCAAGAUAUGGUUUUCACCGAAGCAACAGCUAUGAGGAAUGCUGAUGCCAUUCAGGUACUUCUGGAUGGAUGUCGAAGAUAUUUCUGGACAAUUCAAGAGAAAGACUCCGUGAACACGUUUUCUCUAGAUGGGGAUGCACGUCAAGUGGGGGAAGUUAAUGCAUUGGUUGAUGAACUUUUGGUGAUUAUUGAACUUCUAAUGGGAGCAGCAUCUCCUUCGUUUGCUGCUGAUGACCUCCAUCGAUUACUUGGCUUUAUAAUUGAGAGUCCACAACCAAAUCAGGUUGCAAGGGUAUUGCAUCUCAUGUUUAGGUUGGUUGUACAGCCAAAUGCUGCAAAGGCUCAGACAUUUGCAGAGGCAUUUAUCACAUCUGGUGGGAUAGAAACACUUCUUGUUCUCAUAGCAAACAGAGUCAACACAAUGGGCCUGGAAACAGAGUCAUUUCAACAAGUAAAAGUGCAUGGAUCCGAAACUGUCAUUUGUGAGACUGGCUCAGUUACCCUCUCCAGUUCCGUGAAUGCUGACAGAAUAUCCUCUGUUUCUGAAACUCCAUUCAAUAAUAAUGCAAGAAACAAUGUUGACGAUAGAGAUCGUGUCAUGGUUGGGAUCAUCAGAUUGAUUGGUGCGUUGAUUUCAAAAGGGCACUUAAAAUUUUCCGUUGGUGCCAAAUCUGAUGUAAUGAGUAACCUCAUGGGUAGUGAGUUUCGUGAAAAUGGUGGAACAAUGUUUGAUUAUAAAGUCGCAUUGCUUCUAUUUGCUCUGCUGAAAGCAUUUCAAGCAGCUCCAAACAGAUUGAUGACCGACAAUGUCUACACAACUUUGCUUGGGGCUUCGGUUAAUGCUUCAUCAACUGAGGAUGGCCUGAACUUUUGUGAUUUAGGUCAUCGAUUUGAACAUCCUCAACUUCUGUUAAUCCUCCUGCGUUCUCUACCAUUUGCAUCUAAGGCACUACAAAAUCGAGCACUUCAGGAUAUUCUAUUUUUGGCUUGUACCCAUCCAGAAAAAAGGAGUAGUCUGACCAAAAUGGAAGAGUGGCCUGAGUGGAUCUUGGAGAUUUUAAUCUCUAACUACGAGAAAGAUGCAGGGAAACAAUCUGCUUCACCCGGUUCUGCUGAAGAGGAGGAUCUGAUUCAUAACUUCUUGAUCAUAAUGUUGGAACAUUCAAUGCGCCAGAAGGAUGGCUGGAAGGAUAUUGAGGCUACAAUUCAUUGUGCAGAGUGGCUUACUUUUGUUGGUGGGUCUAGCACUGGGGAGAAACGAAUUAGGCGUGAGGAAUCACUGCCAAUUUUCAAACGAAGACUUUUAGGUGGAUUGCUAGACUUUGCUGCCAGUGAACUGCAAGCUCAGACUCAAGUUAUAGCUGCAGCAUCUGCUGGUUUCGCGGCAGAGAGUCUAACACCAAAAGAUGCAAAAGCGGGAGUAGAAAAUGCUGCACUGCUUUCAGUGUUUCUAGUGGAAAAUACAGUUGUGAUUUUGAUGCUUGUCGAAGAUCAUUUGCGACUACAAAGCAAGCAAAAUUGUGCUGCAAGCGCAGUUGAUGUCUCUCCAUCUCCUCUUUCACUUGUUUAUCCUCCCAACUACCGUUCACACACAUUGCCAACGGUCGGAGAAUCAUCAGAGGUUUCUAGUAGCUGUGCUUCAGUGUCCAGUGAUUCAGGAGGGGUCCAUUUAGAUAUACUUGCUUCAAUGGCCGAUGCAAGUGGCCAGAUAUCUACAGCCGUAAUGGAGCGUCUUGCUGCUGCUGCUGCAGCUGAGCCCUAUGAAUCUGUUUCUUGCGCUUUUGUUUCAUAUGGAAGUUGUACCAGGGAUUUGGCUGAUGCUUGGAAGUACAGAAGUCGAUUGUGGUACGGUGUUGGACUACCUUCUAAAACUAGUUGUUUUGGUGGUGGUGGAAGUGGUUGGGACUCUUGGAAGCAUGCUCUACAAAAAGAUGCUCAGGGUAACUGGAUCGAACUUCCUUUGGUUAAAAAAUCAGUAUCCAUGCUUCAAGCCUUGCUGCUAGAUGAGUCUGGACUUGGAGGUGGCCUAGGAAUUGGUGGAGGAUCUGGUACCGGGAUGGGAGGGAUGUCAGGCCUCUACCAGUUGCUAGAUAGUGAUCAGCCUUUCUUAUGCAUGCUUCGAAUGGUACUCUUGUCUUUGAGGGAAGAAGACCAUGGUGAAGAUAGUCUGUUGAUGAAAAAUUUAAGUUCUGAAGAUGGUAUAACUGGUGGACUCCAGUGCCCCUUAGGAAAUUCUGCCUCAGUAGAUAUCAGUUCUCAGUUGUCUAUGCGACAGUCACCAUCAGCUUUAUUGUGGAGUGUGCUCUCUCCCGUUCUAAACAUGCCAAUCUCUGAUUCUAAGAGGCAGAGGGUAUUGGUUACUACAUGUGUUCUAUAUUCUGAGGUAUGGAAUGCUGUUAGCAAAGAUAAAAGACCACUACGUAAGCAGUAUCUAGAGGCUAUUUUACCACCAUUUGUUGCAAUUCUCCGAAGAUGGAGGCCUCUUUUGGCUGGUAUUCAUGAACUUUCCACUGGUGAUGGUGUGAAUCCCCUUGUCGUUGAUACUCGUGCUUUGGCUGCUGAUGCACUUCCCAUUGAGGCGGCUCUCUCUAUGAUUUCUCCGGAGUGGGCAGCUGCUUUUGCAUCGCCUCCUUCUGCAAUGGCACUGGCAAUGAUAGCUGCAGGGGCAGCUGGUUGGGAAGCGCCGGCACAUCCAGCACCUCCAGCGCCUCCACCUCUUAGGCGAGACAGUUCAUUACUUGAGCGUAAGAGUACCAAACUUCAGACCUUUUCAAGCUUCCAGAAACCCUUGGAGGCUCCAAAUGAUGAUACACCAGGUCGAGCAAGAGAUAAGGCUGCUGCAAAUAUUGAUUCACAUUUAUUGAUUCAACCGCUCACCAGAUUGACAGGCGUUUUCUGGAAACUGGAUUCUAUGGAAAGUUCUUCGAGGAUGAGACAAUGUUUAAGGAGGAAUUAUUCUGGCACUGGUCAUCUUGAGACAACAAGAAACUAUGGGGAUCAGACAUACUUGAUGAAUAAUCACGACUCACCUGUUCUUGCUGUUGAAGCAAUAUCAAAGGAAAUAAUGUAUGAAGAUGAUGAACAUGGAGAUGCCGAUGAUCUUGAAAUAGAGGGUAAUGUUGGAGAACGCAAAGGGGAAAACGAAGAGAGAAGGUCUGGCUCACUUGAGGAUGCAAUAACACUGUCAACUGGAAUCAACGAUCAUCGACCUUUGAGUGAACAGAAUAUGGUUCAAAAUUCUACAGAAGUAAAAGAUCUCAGUGAACUUAAAGAAAGGAUUGUUCUUGAAAUUUCCUCUACUAUGGUCCGACCACUAGGGGUUGUGAAAGGAACCUUUCAAAUCACAACACGGAGAAUAAAUUUUAUUGUUGACAUCAGAGAAGACCAACAUUUGGAUGAAAAGUCAGACGGUUCAAAAUCAAGAGACGAAGAAAGAGAUCGAAGUUGGCUGAUGUCUUCUCUUCAUCAGAUUUAUAGCCGACGAUAUCUACUGAAGAAGAGUGCUCUUGAACUAUUUAUGGUGGAUCGCUCAAACUUCUUCUUUGAUUUUGGGAACACCGAGGGACGAAGAAAUGCUUGUCGGGCUAUUGUUCAAGCAAGGCCUCCUCAUUUGAAAAAUAUUUACUCGGCAACUCAGCCAGAACAAGUUUCGAGAAGAACACAGUUAAUGGAGCGUUGGGCUAGAUGGGAGAUCAGCAAUUUUGAGUACUUAAUGCAGCUCAACACAUUGGCUGGGCGUAGUUAUAAUGACAUCACUCAGUAUCCUAUUUUCCCAUGGAUUUUAUGCGACUAUGUAUCAGAAAUUUUGGACCUAUCAAAUCCAUCUAAUUACAGGGAUCUUUCCAAGGUGCCAAUUGGUGCACUGAACCCGGAGCGGCUGAAAAAGUUUCAAGAAAAACACUCUAGCUUUGAAGAUCCAGUCAUCCCCAAAUUUCAUUAUGGUUCACAUUACUCAAGUGCUGGAGCAGUGUUGCAUUAUCUAGCUAGAGUCGAACCUUUUACAACCCUUUCGAUUCAACUGCAAGGUAGAAAGUUUGAUCGUGCAGACCAAAUAUUUUCAGACAUUGCAGCCACUUGGAAAGGAGUUCUCCAAGAUAUGAAUAAUGUGAAGGAGUUGAACACAACUGAUCCAAACACUCACAUGGUCUCAAGCUUUUCAAACCCAACUACCAGCGAGACUGAACCUGAUUCAGACAUGAACAUUGUCUCUACCCCUUCAAAUGCAACUACAAAUCAGAUUGACACUGAAUCUUCCGAGGCGGCUAACUAUGAAAACAGCAACUCGUCUAUCAAGACUUCUAAGAACACUUCAAAGAUCACUAAAUUGACCCCGACGUCAAAACGAUCACUAACUUCAUCGAAAGAUAAUGCAGCUCAAAAGUCAUCUACAAAGCCUAAAUUGUUGUCCAAGGCUGAGAUAAUAAAGGUUGAUGUUUAUUCGUAUAUUAUGAGUUUAUAG